GUAUGUCUUUCCUUAAGGUCAAAUGACGCCUUAACACCACACCUGUCUCUUUAGCAGUAGUGUGGCGUUACACGCUCAUGGCAACCCCUUUUUUUAUCAUGUUUACUUAAGGUCCUAACGGGAGAUACUUGUUUCAAAGGCUUUUGUGUACUGUGGACAAAACGUGUUAACCUAUGCAGUCCGAUGCAUUUCACUAGACGGUAGCGUACGUCUACAUGUAGGAGGAGGAAGUUCUAGCAGUGCCAUCGCGAUAUCUAAACCGAGCCCACGACGCCAUUUUAUGGUCGAUCGACAAACAGUUUGGAAUAUCUUUUUCGUUUGGAAGCGAGAAAAAAAACGUGAUCCAGAGCACAACUAGUUGGAAAACAUGCAUGGAAGGUGGUUUCUUUGCGGCGCCAUCUUGGUCGCCAUUUUGAAAGGUUGUUGUGGACUGUCCUUGGAGGCUGAUCUGAUCACACGUCUGAUGACCGGUUAUAACAGAGAGGCCCGUCCAGUAGAGGACGCCUCCACAGCUGUUCAAGUCGACCUGGACAUGGCGCUGGCUCAAGUCAUCGACGUGAAUGACAGAGAACAACUCAUCACAAUUAACGUCUGGCUAAGACACUUUUGGUACGAUGAGCAUCUGAAAUGGAAUGCUUCUGACUACGGGGGGAUAACCUCCAUACGACUGACCAGUACCACCAUCUGGACACCGGACAUCAUCUUAUACAACAACGUGUUUGACGAAGGUUUCGCCCAGCAGCCUGAGGUCAAGGCCAUUGUGAACUCUGACGGGUACGUGACGUUUCUGUACCCGUUCACGUUCAAGGCCUCCUGCCUCAUCAACGUCGAGUUCUUCCCGUACGACGAGCAGUCCUGUCCGCUCAAGUUCUCGUCAUGGGCCUACGAUGGAUUCUCAUUGAACGUUACAAACAGGGCUCCAAGUGGCGACUUGUCCAAUUUCAUCCGAAACGAAGAAUGGACCAUCACAGAACUCCGAGCAAUAAGAAGCGAGGCCUAUUACAGUUGUUGCCCUGAACCUUACCCUGACGUCACGUUUUACAUCAUCAUGAAGAGGGAGUCUCUGUACUACCUGUACUAUGUGGUGGCACCUUGCAUCAUUAUCCUGAUCAUCAGCCUGCUGAGUUUCGCCAUGCCGCCAGACUCCGGGGAGAAGCUGUCCCUCAGCACCACCAUGCUGCUGGCUCUGGUCGUCUUCAUGCAGAUCGUGGCCGAGAACCUGCCCACAACCUCCAGAUACAUCCCCUUCAUAGGACGAUACUUCGGAGCCAUCAUUGCUGUAGUCUCCCUGUCGUCCAUGUUGAGUAUCUGGAUCCUGUCCUUCCACUUCACCAACCCCAACCCCAAGCCUCCCGCCACCUGGCUCAAGCGGCUCCUCCGGAUGGAGCGGCGGGACGAGUGGGCGGAGUGGCUGUUCUGCGGCUGCUGCAGGAUGGUCCAGUCACGCUCGGGAUUCAAGAUCAGGCGUCUCAGCGAGCGCUCCAACCAAGAUGUCAACCUCAGGAAACAAAACAGACCGAAAUCCAACACCGUGUCCCCGAUGCCGACAUCAUCCCCGAACGGGAACGCCUUUCACAACGACGAGAAGCUGCAGAGGCAGACAACGGUGCCGCCGCUGGUAACCAACAGCGAUGCGGCCCUGCUGCAGAAGAUCGACACCAUCAUCAGUGAAAUCCAGCAAACCAGAGAGGAGAGAGAGCAGAAGGAACGGGAAGAAGCGAUCGUGAACGAGUGGAAGGAAGUGGCAGCAAGGCUCGAUAGAUGUCUGCUCAUCACCUUCUUCUUGGUAUCUGUUAUUGUCAAUGCCAGUAUGACUUGGCUGCCAAAAUAAACAAUGGGAACAUCCCGAGAAUCCAUUCCGACUAUGGGACGUGGUUCUCCCUGAAAAUCGGGAGAUGUUUGCUGUACCAAGGUUGCCGGCUGUUACAAACCGGAUCGCUUGGUGGCGUUCAUGUUCGAUGCCAAACAAUGCAUGAUGCAUUAAGGCAACUAAAACAGCUUCAUGGACAACAAUCUACAUGAAUGUCGUUGAAUGACAAUGACAUAGCUGUUGAUGUACAUACAUGGAUGGAAACAAAGCCAAAAUUAUUCUGUGUAAGAAUAUCUUUACAUAAAGUGUUAUAAUCUAGGAUUACGCUAUUGAAUUGUCUUGUAAUUGUUAACAUAAUUUCAUCUAAAUAAUACUUGUUUGAAUUAGUGAGCAGGGCGAGUUGGCUGAAGUGCGCCCAAUUUAACUUACAAAACUACAGCUAACGUUAUAUCAAAAUAUGCAUUUGUAUAAGAGUUUCGCAAAGUUAAGACCUCAAAAUGCCAUCCUUGCCAUCGUGCUUGUCAACACCAUGUAUAUAUGUAGAAUAACACCUCAAUUCUAUUGUCUAAUUGAGUGUACAUGUACAUAUAAUAUUUUAUCGACAUAAACUUUUCAACUUCUUACAAAAGUAACAUCAACCUACUAGUUGAAAGUGUUGCAUACAUGGAUAGUUGGUGCUUUUUUGUGAUCGAUAGACUAUUGCAUAUCUAAUGUACAUAUUCAUUCUUUAAAAUCUUUGUCUUUUCGACACUAUUCAAACGUUAGUGUUGCAAAGAUGACAUGCAUUUAUAGAUGCUUGACAAUCCAAAUAAAUCUAAAGGAUAGCUCUUAAAAA